AUGGGGGCUGCCAUCCCGAUCUUCUACUACUUCAUGAACUCUCCCGUGACUGCCAAGGCUUCCACGAUGUUGAGCACGACGAUGGCUUUCGGCAUGACCCUGACGCUGCUGCAGACAAUCGGACUGGUCGGCUUAGUCUCCCUGAGCUGGCCUUCCUACAUGCAGCCCCUCAUGGACUUCGUUUCGAUCUUCAUGCUGGACCUGGAGUCCCUGAACUUCGACUGUGUUGGGGUGAGCUCGGCCAUGCGCUAUGGGGUCAGUGUGCUGUGCUGGCCAGCUGCCCUGGGAUGGUUGGUGAUUUGUGGCCUCCUGUCCAAGCUUGGUCCCGGGAAGCUUCACUUCCAAAAAGCCAAGGCGCUCAGCACCUUGGGCCAGCUCUUCCAGAUCGGCUUCACAAUCAUCGCGAAGACUGCGCUGAUGCCGUUUAUGUGCUACUCUCAUCCCAACGGGAAGUCAAGUGUCCUCCGCUUCAGUGACGUGAUCUGCUGGGAGGAGCAGACGGGACACACGGUCAUGGUCAUCUUCGGUCUCAUUAUGACCAUGGUCCUUUACUGGUGCACGUUGCUUUGGGCCACCAUCCAGGCGCCAAAGAGGUCGGCGAGGGCGGACAUGUUCUUCUUGCAGGCGACGCGGUUCCUGUUCUUUCGCUUCAG